AUGGGUGUUCAGGAUGUACAGGAUCACAUGCCAGUGCAGUGCGACUUUGAGAUUUUCGGUCAAGUGCAAGGAUGUGGAUUCACGAAACAUUGCCGAGACAAUUGCUUAGCACUUGGCAUAAAAGGAUGGGUAAAGAACUCCAAACAAGGCACAAUCAUGGGCAAAAUGCAAGGAGCGAAGGCAGACGUUAGCAAAAUGGUUGAAUGGCUGUCCAAAACGGGUUCGCCAGGUUGCAAAAUCGACAAAGCAGAAUUCACCAACUGGGGAACACUCUCGAGAUUUGCAUUCACAGACUUCGCUAUUAGAUUCUAG